AGAGAAUCAAAACCGUGUAGGUGUGGACGAAGAGCUUUGCGAAGAGAGAGACUUUGAAGCACACUUUGGAGUUGCAGCGAGAGAUGAGGAAGAUGUGAGUGAUGCUGAGAGUGGAGAUGAAAUUUGGGAUGAUGAGAGGAUUCCAGAUCCUUUGUCAGACAGUGAUAACGAUGAAGAAGAUCCUGUAGAUGAUGUUGUUCAUACAUAUUCAGAAGAUUCUGAAGAGCUGUUGAAGUUGGGAAAAACGUUUAGUUGCCCAAAUGAUUUCAAGAUCGCGGUGUUAAGGUAUUCUCUAAAAAGUCGAUAUGACAUCAAGCUCUAUAGGUCUCAGACUCUGAAACUUGGUGCGAAGUGCUCCGACACUGAUGUGAAUUGUCAAUGGAGAUGUUAUUGCUCUUAUGAUAAGAAAAAACACAAGAUGCAAAUUAAAGUAUAUGAGAAUAAGCAUAUAUGUGUUAGAUCCGGGUACUCGAAGAUGUUGAAACGAAGUACAAUAGCUUGGUUGUAUUCGGAAAGGCUGAGGAAGAAUCCGAAAAUUACCAAGCAUGAGAUGGUUGAUGAGAUUAUGCGAGAGUACAAUCUUGUUGUAAGUGCUGAGCAAUGUUCAAAGGCGAAGACCAAAAUCAUGAAAGAAAGGAAAGCCACUCAUGAAGACCAUUUCUCUCGUAUUUGGGAUUAUCAAGCUGAGGUUUUGCGAACAAAUCCAGGGACUAAGUUUGAGAUUGAGACCAUUCCAGGGCCAACAAUAGGAAGCUUACAAAGGUUCUUUCGUCUAUUUAUUUGUUUUAGAUCACAAAGAGAUACUUGGAAACAGACUUGUAGGGCUAUCAUAGGUUUAGAUGGAGCGUUUCUUAAGUGGGACGUCAAAGGCCAUCUCUUAGCUGCAACUGGGAGAGACGGAGAUAAUAGGAUAGUUCCUAUAGCCUGGGCAGUAGUUGAAAUAGAGAAUGAUGAUAAUUGGGACUGGUUUGUUAGAAUGCUAUCUGCUACUCUAGAUCUACAGGAUGGAAGGAAUGUGGCAAUCAUUUCAGAUAAACAGAAGGGUUUAGUCAAAGUUGUUCACAACGUUAUACCAAAUGCUGAACAUCGUCAGUGUGCUAGGCAUAUUAUGGAUAAUUGGAAAAGAAACAGUCAUGACAUGGAGCUACAACGUAUAUUCUGGAAGAUUGCAAGAAGCUACACUGAAGGAGAAUUUAAUGCUCAUAUGGAAGCAUUGCAAAAAUACAAUCCAGGUGCCUUUGCUUCACUCCUAAGUACGAAUCCUAGGACAUGGUCUAGAGCUUUUUUUAGGACAGGAAGUUGUUGCAAUGACAACUUGAAUAAUCUGAGUGAGUCAUUUAAUAGCACAAUUAGACAAGCUAGGAGAAAACCUUUGCUAGACCUGUUAGAGGAUAUUAGGAGGCAGUGUAUGGUGCGAAAUGAGAAAAGGUGGGUUAUAGCUGGGAGAUUGAAGACUAGAUUUACAUAGAGGGCACAUGCUGAGAUUGAAAAGAUGAUUGAAGGGUCACAGUUUUGCAUAAGAUCGAUGGCCAGGAACAACAAACAUGAAAUAACCUUGAAUGAUGUGUCUUAUUCUGUUGAUAUGAAUGACAAUACAUGUGGUUGUAUGAAGUGGCAAAUGACGGGGAUACCGUGUGUUCAUGCUGUAUCUGUUAUAAUCGGAAAGAAACAAAAGGUAGAGGAUUAUGUUAGUGACUGGUACAUGACACAAAGGUGGCAGCAAACAUACAAAGAUGGUAUUGAGCCUGUCCAAGGCAACUUGUUGUGGCCAAGGAUGAAUAGGUUAGGAGUUUUGCCACCACCAUGGAGAAAAGGUAAUCCGGGGAGACCAAGCAAUUAUGCUAGAAAGAAAGGAAGAUAUGAAGCUGCAUCAUCCUCAACUACAAGGAUAUCCCGCUUGCACCGAGUGAUGACAUGUUCAAACUGCAAACAAGAAGGACACAACAAAAAAGGUUGUAUGAACCCGUUUGUUGAGGAGCCACCAAGAAAACCAAGAGGUCGACCAAGAAAAGCUCAAGAACCAAGAAAUGUUUUGUUUGGACAAGGCUUGUCACAAGGAUUUUCACAGGGAGUAUCACACGGACAAACUUCUCAAGGAUCACAAGGUGUUUCUCAGAGAAUUUCACAAGGACUACCAUCUCAAGCAUCUGGAGCAGGUCAAGGUCCGCAAGGACAAGGAUUACAUGGCUGGAGAUCAUGGUUUGAGUGUUCAACCUAAGGACCUUUUGAUCUUUAUGGUCUGUUUUUUUUUUUUUUUUUGGUACUUUGGUCAGAUCAUAAGUAUGAAUUGUCUUUUAUUGUUAUUUUGGCUUGUCUUUUAACUUGAAAUAUUUCUUUUAUAGUAUGAAUUGUUUCUU